AUUAUGAUGUCAACAGCCUAUGGACGCUAGAGAGGAAAUUGAAUUGUGAGGAACGGGAGCAACGAUGGUGCAGGAUUACAGCAUAGUUAGUGAAAAAUCAGAGAUGAGAGUCGAUGUCUGUGCCUUUCUCCAGCUCAGGAAAACCUCUACGGGAAACCAUUUACUGCCUUUGGACAGCAGAAAUUGCGAACAUGGCAGGAAUUACUGAGAAUAUAUUUAUGAUGUUCAUUGAGGGUUAAGAAGAUUUCUGUCUGUGGUAAUCCUGCUCUGGUUUGGCCUGUGAAUCAUCAGGUGACAACUCCGGUUGUGACGGCACCUCCUACUCCUGCAGCUGUCAGUGUUACAUUUGAAGGACUCUCGAAAACCAAGAAGAUGAAAGUGAAGUGGGCCCAUCUGGGUUUGGUCUUCUUUCUUCUUGUUUCUCUGGUGAUGACAGGCUGUUUCCUCUGGCAGUAUCAGCUGCCAAAACUUCAGCCAGAUGAAGAGGCAGGUCGCAAUGCCAAUUCAGAGAUGAUGUGUCCACGCUUCCCUGAGCCCCUCCCUUUGGAGCAUCCUAUUCCCAGUCUCAAAGAAGCAUUGGAAAAGGUGGAUGUUCUGUUCAGGCAAAGCAUCAAUGCCGUCAGCCUUCCUGCUCUGUCUGCCAUUGUGAUCUUGAAUGACACAGUUUUGUGGACUGGUAACUUUGGAAAGAGGAAUGCCAGUGACCCUCUGUCAGGCCCACCCAGUGAAUACACCAUCUACAGAAUUGCCAGUUUAUCAAAGAUUUUCCCGACGCUGAUGCUCUACAAAUUGUGGGAGGAUGGAAAGAUUGCUUCCUUAGAUGACCCCCUCGAAAAAUAUGUGGACAAUUUCACCAUAAAAAACCCUCUGGGAAAAACACGGGACUCAGAGUUGAAAUAUGUGACAGAUGGCCUCAUAUUUUUAGACAGCGGAGAGGUACAAAUCCGCUCCUCCUCUGUCACCCUGCGCAGGAUGGCAAGCCAGCUCUCAGGUCUACCCCGGAGGCUUCGGGCCACAAAUCUACUCUGGAAAGGCAAAACACAAUCUGCAAUCAAUCUAUUACAAGAUGAUGUCCUUGUUGCAGAUCCAGGAACUAAGUGUCACUACAGUAACCUGGCAUUCUCUCUACUUGCUCAUGUGAUGUCUGAAAAAGUGGUUGGGGUUGACUAUCAGCGCUGGGUCACAGAGAACAUUUUGGAUCGAUUAGGAAUGGAAGACACCAGUUUUGAGCUUACCCCUGGGUUGCAGAGCCAGUUUGCUGUCGGAGUUUACUCCAAUGGAAAGCCUGCUCCUCUCUAUGAUCUCGGCUGGUAUCGGCCCUCCGGUCAGAUGUUUUCCACUCCUGCAGAUAUGGCCAAACUCGCCAUGGUCCUGCUGGGUGCUUACCACCGUAAACUGCUGGAGCCAGAUUCUCUGAAGAUCAUGCUGAACCCGCUCUUUAGGUGUGAUAAGGACUACUUUGCAAACCGUACUGGGACACCUUGGGAGGUAAAUGACCUCAUGGGCUACGAGAUUUUGAGAAAAGAUGGUGAUCUGGAUGGCUACUCGGCUACAUUCUCCCUGGUUCCCAGACUGAAGCUUGGUCUAGUGGUCCUUAUGGCGGGGAGCAGGCCUCAGAAACAGGAUGUGGUCACAAAGGCCUACAGCUACAUUAUUCCAGCAAUAGAGAAAGCCUUUAGAGAAGCCAAGAGGAUUCUUGUUGCUCCUCCAAAUCCAGCUCAUUAUAUCGGCUUUUUCACCUACAGCAACAUUACUUUCUAUGAGAUCAAGGUGGGACCUGACGGCGUUCUGAUCAUGCAGCAGUUUGGUCCUCAGAUUGAAGAGUUGAUACCAGAGAAGUAUAGAACAAUAAAGCUUAACUACCUGGUUGAGCGAGUAUUCAGAGUUGUGUUUGAUAAAGAGUACCCUUGUGUUUUGAAAGUGGGCAAGGCUUCAGUCUCACUGGAAGCCCAAGACGGUCAGCUGUUCAACUUCUAUCUGUUUAAUAAGCAAGGCUUGUCCCCUGGCUUUGAUGCUCCUGGGUUAAACACAUACAAUGUGGUGAGAAUAGCCCGUAGGCCAACAUUCACCAGCUGAGGAGGAAAGGCAACAUGAUGCAAGGCGUAGGAUACAGAAAGACUCACUGAAGAAGAAAGGACUCCAGCAGUUUCUCAUUAAAACCAACUUUUUUAUGAGAACAGAUUGACCUUCACAGAUAAUAUGACUGCACUUAUGAUGUACAGGAAAGUUGUCCUCGCACUGGUCCUUUAUCAAGCUAAAUGUUCAUACUUUGGCAUCUCAGUGCUUUUACUACCCCUGCCUUUUUUAAAUUACUAUCAUGCUGUUCUGAUCUGUUUUGUUAAUGUUUCUGUGAAAAAAUAGCAACUGGAGGUUUUGGGAAUAAGUAAAAGAUUUCAUUGUGCUUAUAAAAAAAAAGAAGAAUCCAAUCUUAUUUUAUAUUAGCACAAGACUGUGAGGGGUUUACCCCCUUUUUUGUCACCUUAUGAGAGCUGUUAUGCAUAGGAAUGUACUUCAGCAAAUUUGCAAAAACAUUAGAAAAGAACAAUGUUUUUCACAUUAUCAUUGUAUCCUAUAUGGAUUAAAGGGGCAGAAAUAAGAGAAAAUAACAGGUGAUUAAAUAUCUGUUUAAUGCUAAAGUUAAGGCUACUCUCACCAUAGCACAGAAGAGUGGCUGUUUAAAAACUCCAUACAGUAGUUGAUUCAAAGAAGACAGUAGUUCUGAUGCUUUGAUGUUUUGAUCCUAUCUUUUCAGGGUGAUAAUUGCUUUAAAGAUUCUUUGUAUUUUCCAGUGAACCCUUACUACAUGACUAUUGCUAAGAACACUGCUUUGUUUUUAUGAUGUUGGUUUAAAUUUGGGUCAUAGUUUUAUCUGUAAUGGAAGCAAAUAUCAUUAUAAAUUACUUUUUUAUGUGUUUUUUUUUUUUAAUACCAUAAUUGUAUAAUUCAGUGUUAAUAAAGUCGGAAUUUAUCGGUUAAACAGAUCAACAGCACAUAAAGCAUGGAGUUGAGCUUCCCCCCAAAAAAACGUCUUUGAACAAGGAACAGACAAAGCUGGCUUUAAUGUGGCAUCAGUAGCCGUGUUAAAAAAGAGGAAUGAAAUAAAAAAUAAUAUUGAUGAAA